ACACAGUAGUGAGUUGGUCGUCGUUUUCGUCAACGUUUGUUCUUCUUCAUCUCUCUGCGCCGCUUUCUCGCUCUCGCAAUCUCAACCAUAUGGAGAUGAUUGGGGACAAACUGAUACUGAGAGGGUUGAAAUUUUACGGUUUCCAUGGAGCGAUCCCUGAAGAGAAGACGCUGGGGCAGAUGUUUAUGCUUGACAUUGAUGCAUGGAUGAGUCUCAAAAAGGCCGGUGAAUCAGACAACUUAGCAGAUUCAGUCAGCUAUGUCGACAUUUACAACUUGGCAAAGGAAGUUGUAGAAGGGUCAUCAAGGAACCUUCUCGAGGCAGUAGCAGAACUCGUAGCUUCCAAAACUCUCAAGACAUUCCCUCAGAUAACAGCUGUUCAGGUGAAGCUAUGGAAGCCUAAUGUUCCGCUUAUUCGUAGCACUAUCGAUUGCUUGGGGGUCGAGAUUUUCAGAAACCGCGCAACUCAUUGAAUAACACUAACGAAUCAUUUGUAUCUCAAUUCCGUUAUUUCAGUUGUAUCCUUGGAAUGUUCAAAUUCAUAUCCAGAAGCUUGAAACUUGUGAAAAGCUUUUUUUUUUUUA